AUGGAAUGCAUUGAACGAAAGAAUGAAUGGGAUUGCAAGCUUCCUUAUGAUAAUAAUCAAACGGCUUUCAGUUCAUUUGAAAUAGAACCGAUAAAUAACAAUUUUUAUAUUCCAACACCAUAUUCUAAGAAAGAAAUAAAAGCAUAUAAUGACAAAAAGAAUGAUUACCGUUUCGUUGGAUUAAGCGAUUAUUCAAGCUCAGCUGAUUCUGUGAACUCUCAGAUCGAGGAUGAUGUUAGUUUAACUCCAGAUGGUGGCAAAGUAUCCUUAUCUAAUUUUAAAUCAUUAGUCCGUGAUGCAAGAAAAGAUUUACAUCAGACACUUCCACCGGUCUCGGUACUAUCGAGACGAAAAAACUGCUCAGAUACAAACUGUGCUGUCAAUAAACUCCAAAAUGAGACCGAAGACGAAGAUUAUUUAUCAAGAAAUUGUGAUCCGCAAACAUUUACGAAACAAGUCUCAGCAAUCUAUACCUACGAAACGCAAGGUUCUGAUGACUUACAAAGUUUAACCCAUUCUUCUGAUGGCGGUGAGUUUGAUGACUACCCAGAAGAAUGUAGCUGUUUGAUAACAAAAUAUGGUCCCAUCACAAUUAAACCAAGAAAACAUCCAGCAUUAACGCUUGCUACAGGUAGAAAAUCAAAGUAUGAUGUAUUACCACCAACUGAAGCAUUUCAAAGAGAAAGGCGUCGACAAAAAAACCGUAUAGCACAAGAACGUGCAGCUCGUAAACGCAAAAAUCUUGACGCAAACUUACGCGAACAAAUUGUUGGAUUAGAAACGCAAUCAAACUGUUUAGAACAAGAUAUAUACCAACUGAACCAGAAAAAAGUAUAUCUAGAAACACUAUUAUCAAACCACGAACAAACAUGUACAAAAAAUAAGUAUAAAGUGUUGACAUCUAUCCUAAGCAAAACAAAUCACUCGUCACUCAGCGAAAAUAGUUCUGCUUGA